CGUGUCGUCUUGUGCUCCAGAACCUCUCCCGCUGCACCCUCCUUUCCAAGCCUCCCUUCCCUGUCUGCUCCCUCAGUGCCGACGUGCCUCAGCUCUGUCUUUGGCCCCUGCCGCAUCUUCUCUGUUUCUUUGCCUUCUUGCCUUGCCCUUUCUGGGUGCCAUGAAUCUUCACCCUGGUGUCAGUUUCUGCCCCUGUGCUGACAACUUCUAAGUCUAUAUUUUUAGCUCCCGUCUGUUUCCUGAGUGUCAUAUGGAUUCAGGAAGCUUUGAAAUGGACACCUCCACUAAGAUACCCCAGGGGGACCUCGGGGUGGACUGCUCUGAGUGUGAGUUUCUUGCCUUCUUCAGUUCCCGUGCUGUGGGGCAGCCACUCCUGGCCGUAGCUGCUCCGGCAGAAGCUUCUGUGGCAUCCUUAUCUGCUGCCUCUCCCUUGCCCGCUGCACCUGACACCCUCCACGCCCAGUGGACGCUUGCUCUUCCCUGCAGUCUGGUUCCUUGGUGCCCCAGCACCUUGCGCUUUGCACCUGCAUUACAGCAAUGGCCGCUUGAGUCUAAUUCCUCUGGAAUGACGAGGACCAGUGCCCUCUAUGAUUGCUCCUGUCACCCCUGCUACUUCUGCCACUACUGCAGCCCUCGGGUCGGGGCCUGGUGACUGAAACAUGUCAUCUUACACAGUCCGUCCUCAUGCGACCUUCUGAACAGAGCAAGAUCACCUACAUCUUACAGAGCGAGAAACUGAGAUCAGAGUUCUCUCUUGUUCUUGGCCAAUGUCACACCUCCCCCUGCUGCUGCUUGUCUCAGUUGAGACUGUACUACAGGAAGAAGAAAUGCCAGAUGUAGAAAUUGACAUUGACGAUCUUCUUGAUGCAGACAGUGAGGAAGAGAGAGCUUCAAAAUUACAGGAAGCUCUUGUAGACUGCUACAAGCCAACGGAGGAAUUUAUCAAAGAGCUCCUCUCUCGGAUAAGAGGCAUGCGGAAACUGAGCCCUCCACAGAAGAAGAGCGUAUGAUUCUGGAUCAGGGCGGAGUUCUCCGGAGACGAAGACAGGGUUCUGGGAUGUAGACUCCAUGACGACUUUUGUUAAAGAAUAGUUGUCCUUAAGAACAAGUGGUUUGGUUUGUUUUUUUGUUUGUUUGUUUUUUGUUUUGUUUUUGUUUUUUUUUUGGUGUGCAGGGGAAUCUUCUACACAUUUAUUCAAGAUCGUUGCUGUUGCUGUUUUUAAAGGUUUUUGAUAGUGUAAUAUUUUAAUAGCCAAGAUAUCAUGACUCUAACUACAGCCCAGCCAAGGAUUAUCAAAGCAGGUGGACAUUCAGAGACGGGCCAGGGCAGGCAGCAUUUUCUGCAAGGACUCAGGCGUUCAGGACCUUACUCCACAGAGAAGAUGGUUUUCUUACAGCUAAUUUGGGAAUACUUUUUUCUUAUAUUGUACAUCUGACUCACAGGUCAAAUUUCUCAUACUUGUAUAUAUCUACACACCAGUCAUUUAAGAUGUCGCUGUGAGCUUCAUUUCACAUUGACGGAAUAAACUCCUUGCCGUCCCUUAGUGGGAGGUCACUGGGCUGUUCUUCCCGUCCGUGCAGCUGACCCUCAACAUUCACUCUGUGCACCAAAGUGAAAGAAUUCGGAGUAUCCGUUAUUCUCACGCGCUCCGCUACGACAACGUUGAGUUGGUCAAGGGCUUCAUUUAUGGACUUUGUAUUAUUUCAUUGGUUGGGAUGCUUUGCCAGGUCAUGUGCUUAUUGCCUCAUUUGUGGUCUUUUACAGUUUUAUGAACCCUUUGUUUGAAGAACGAACUUGAUUUCUAGAGAAAUGCCCACGCUCUCAGAGCAGUGUUUUGCAGCAGAAGGGGAAGCAUGGGAUAGCAUUGAAUUCUCCGCUUUCAACCAAAUACUGGGUGUUGUUCCCUCUCCCUGAAAGCAGAUCAAAAAGUGGUUACCAAGGCAGUGUGUUCUUCCUCUGACGCAGUCUGGUCCCUCCUGAGCCUGGGUGGCACCAGACUGGGAGUGAGACCUCAGGGCUGGACAGGUGGAGGAGUGACAAGACCGCUAGUACGGCACCAUUUGCUGAUUUGGAAGCACGGAGAUUCCAUUUCCAUGGCUUAUGGUGAGAGCUUUGGGGGGGGGGGGGUCCUGGCCCUAAUUAUGCACCCCUGUCCCCAUGCUCAGAGCCAGGCCUGAGCACAGCCCAAAGUUGAAUUCAGCUGGGAUGUGGGCGGAGUCAAAGGUAAGAGAAGAAACUCUUCUUUCAGGUGGCCCCUGCUGUUUCCCCUGGAAACCCCACCUGCUCUAAGGUGUCUCUGGGUGGCCCUGUCUGAGCACAGGGGUCAAGCAUUUUCUAUCAAGGGUGCUCUGAACAUAUUUUAUUUUUUAAAAGAACUAUGUUUGUGAAUUUUACGUAUACUGGCAAGCUUUUGAAAAUGUAUUUAAUUUUGUAAUGUUUACCAAUGAUUUAUUUACAAGCUACUUACUGAAAUAAAUGGAGCUGCUUACUGA